AUGACUGUGAGAGGGGACUGCAGGAGGCCGAAGUGCGCCAGUGGAGCCGUGGUGGUGGAGAAAAUAUUUCCCCCCAAAUCAUCCUCCUCAGACACCGAGCUGGAAGAUGAGCCGUUUGGAGAAGGGCUGUUUUUGUCCAGAGCUGGCAAACUCCAUGAGUUCCUCAGCCCAGAGGAGGAGACGGAUUCUACUUCUGACUCCACAGGGAGCUUUCACAGAACCAUCCAGGUUCCGAGGCAGAGAGGGAGGUGGGCUCUCCUGGAGAAUCUCUUUCAGUCUGAUCUAGACAGUGAUCAGAAUGGCUCUGAGGAUGAGGAAAACUUGGAGAGCUUCUUCCAAGACAAGAGCAGGGGGAAGCCACAGGUCCAGCCUCCAUCUCUCAGGAGUGGCUCCAUGAGACGCUGCAGCUCCUUGAUUAGACUUCCCUCUGACAUUCCCAAGGCUCAGACCCUGCCAACCUCAGACUCUGGACCUCCCUCCCAGCACAGAAGUGUUUGCUCUUGGGCCUCUUCCAUCACUGUGCCUCAGCCAUUCCACAUGACACUGCGUGAGGCCCGGAAGAAAGCGCAGUGGCUGGCCUCACCUGCCUCUUUUGAGCAGGAAAGGCUCCAGGCCCAGAAGCAGGGCCAGGAAGAGGCAGAGUGCCACCGGCAGUUCCGGGCCCAGCCUGUGCCUGCGCACGUCUACCUGCCCCUGUAUCAGGAGAUCAUGGAGCGCAGAGAGGCAAGGAGGCGCGCCCGUAUUCAGCAGAGGAAAGAGCUGCUUCUCUCCUCCGUGAAGCCCUUCAGCUUCCUUGAGAAGAAAGAAGAGCAAAAGGAAGAUACUCCUCAGAGAGACUUAGCUGCCGUGGCUCAGACCAAGGUCCCCCCAAAGAAGGCCACUUCUAGAAAGAUCCCUAAGUCCAUUCUGGAACCAGCCCUUGGGGACAAACUCCAGGAAUCAGAGCUCCUCAGGAAAAUCCGAAUCCAGAUGAGAGCCAUGGACAUGCUCCAGAUGUCUUCCUCUCCUAUCAGUGCCUCGAGUAACAGGGCUGCCCGAACGGCUACCCGCACCCAGGAGGAAAAGCUGAGCUUUCUACAGACUGAGUUCGUAUUCCAGCCUCGGGUGAACCCCGAGGUCCCUGACUAUGAGGGCCUUUACAAGGCUUUCCAGAGAAGAGCUGCUGAGAGAAGGGAGACCCGGGAGACAACUCGAAAUAAGCCCUUCUUGCUAAGGACUGCCAACCUGUGUCACACUCCACGAUCCUGUGAUGCUGCUACUGCUGGAGGAGGGAGGAUGAGAACCCAGAAGUCCCCUCAGCCAACAGCUACACCCCUGCCAAGCAGUCGUUCUCUGAGUGGCCUUGCUUCUUUUUCUGUAAACACCCUCCCUGUGCACAUCACAGAUGCUACCAGGAAGCGGGAAUCUGCAGUCCGAAUGUCACUUGAAAAGAAGGACAAAUCAGACAUGAGCAUUCAGUGGUUGGAGAUGCACAAAAAGAACUGUCAAGCCAUGUCUAAAUCAGUGACCCUGCGGGCAAAAGCCAUGGAUCCCCACAAAAGCCUGGAAGAGGUGUUCAAAGCGAAGCUUAAGGAGAACCGGAACAAUGACCGUAAGAGAGCAAAGGAAUACAAGAAAGAACUGGAGGAAAUGAGGAGACGAAUCCAAACCAGGCCCUAUCUCUUUGAACAAGUGACCAAGGCCCUGGCCCGGAAAGAAGCAGAGCAGCGCUACCGGGACACCCUGAGGCAGGCUGGCCUGGAGGAAGAGUUUGUAAGAACCAAGAGUCAAAGCACAGAGGCAGUGUGAUGUAAGGAGAAAGCCAAAGUCAAGCAUUCUCAUUGCUAACGUCCCAGCAUCACCUUUCAGAAUGAAAGGCAGAGAAAAGAAAAGAGCAGAAUACUGUUGUUAUUUCCAGUUUUAAG